ACCCGAGGGGAUGCAGUCCCUGGCUAACCGCAUAUUUACAAAAAUGCAUACAAAAUUGCUGGUAGUUGGCAAUUUGCACCAGGCAGACGCUUUGCAGGUUGCUAACAUUGUGCAGGCUGGAUUUGCAUCAGCACCACUGCACAACCCCGCCACAGGGAACUUGCUAAUCAAAAUUCUAAGCGAGCCAUUUUUUGACCAGAUUCGCAACAAGGAGCAACUCGGCUACGCAGUAAACAUAUCUUCUGUGCGGGUUGUCAAUGGGCGAAGAAUUAUCAAAUUUUCUGUGCAAGGCAAAAACAGCCCCGCGUAUAUGGCUUUGCGUGUUGACAGAUUUAUAUACAACGCUCGUCAGACAUUGCAUGAGUACAGCUCCAGAAAGUUAGCGAGACUUGUUGAGUCAAUUGUCAACACGGAAUGCGAGAAAGCCGGGAAUCCUGGAAAACAAGUUGAUGCCAUUUGGAACAAGAUAUCAUCGGGAUCAUACAAGUUUGGACAAAAAAACGAUAUAGUUAAACACUUAAAAAACGUGACUAAAGACGAUUUGCUCAUGUUCUGGGACACGCAUAUCAGCCCCAAACUUGCUCCAGCCUAUACGUUUCCCCAGCCGACAAAGCCUGAUAUGCAUUUGUAUCCAGCAGAGAUAAUUGCAUUGCAUAGCUGUCUUUAUAAUCUUGGUGCAACAUCUAUUUCUGUUAAUCGUUUGUGUGCGGCAGUCAAUCUGGCAGCCAAGAAUUGUAAUAGUGCCGACAUAUUGAUGGGUCGGCUGGAAAAGUUUCUUGAUGACAAACCCUUUUUAAACUUUACACCAGUGCUAAAAACGCAAUUGAAAACUGCUUUGGUGCUUUGCUUGGCAAAGUAAAUACUUUAAGGGUUGAAUCAUAUUGGUUGAUG